CAUGUGCCAAAUAAUUCAGUUUUCAGAUUAUUUAUAUAUGGACAUUUUUUAUUUAGAUAAGAUAAUAAUAAGUGAAAAUAUUUUUCAUAUUUUGGCCAAGUGGAUUAGGAUGACACGGCUUGGAUCAACGUGCCUAGUGCCUCCUCCUCGAUCUACCCACCAAAACACCAUAUAAUCCAUCGUCAUAGUGUUCUUCUACACUAAACCAAAGAACAAAACAAUUCACAAGGCCUAAAAAUGGAACCUGUCAAGAAACAAGGAAAACAUUUUGUUUUGGUACAUGGUGCAUGCCAUGGAAGUUGGUGUUGGUACAAGGUAAAGCCCCUGCUAGAGGCUGCCGGCCAAAAGAUCACAACUCUUGACAUGGCAGCCUCUGGCAUUGAUUUGAGAAAAAUAGAGCAACUCCGCACACUUCAUGAUUACACCUUGCCAUUGAUGGAGUUGAUGGAAUCCCUUCCAGAAGAGGAGAAAGUCAUACUAGUUGGGCAUAGUCUUGGUGGUAUGAAUUUGUCACUUGCUAUGGAAAAAUACCCACAAAAGAUUUAUGCUGCUGUUUUCUUGGCUGCCCUCCUGCCUGAUGCUGUUCACACGUCCUCCUAUGUUUUGGAUCAGUUCCUUGAGCGGACACCAGCAAACAAUUGGUUGGACACCCAGUUUCAAUCAUAUGGUUCCCCUGAAGAGCCUCUGACAUCCAUAUUUUUUGGCCCCAAGUUCUUGUCUUCCCAUCUUUAUCAAUUAUGUUCUCCUGAGGAUCUUGCAUUAGCAAUAUCAUUGAUGAGACCAAGCUCUCUAUUUAAGGAAGAUUUGUCAAAGACGAAGUAUUUCACGGAUGAAGGAUAUGGAUCAGUGAAGAAAGUAUAUAUAAUCUGCACGGAGGAUAAAGUUACAUCAAAAGAGUUUCAGCAAUGGCAAACUGACAACAUUAGUGGCACAGAAGUAAAGGAGCUUAUAGGUGCUGAUCACAUGGCAAUGCUAAGCAUGCCCAAACAACUUUCUGCCAGUCUAUUGGAGAUUGCACAUAAAUAUAACUGAUCUCUAUAUUUAUGUCUUCGUCUCAAGUCAACAUCUUCAACUCAUUACUUGUUAUGAGCUACUUUUGUUAUUGAGUGAUUAAUCUUGAGGUUUUCAACUGGAAAAAUUUUACUAGACGGAUUCAUGAUUGUCUUGUUUUCUAUAUAUAGUCUGUGGUUGACAAAUAAAUUUUAUUAUUUUAUUAAUCCUUGUA